CCAGCGCUCCCUGGGUGCGGGAGGAGGCUGUGGGCUGCGGACUCAGCGCUGGAAUGAGGAGUGAUCGCGCUCGAGCAGAGCCAGAGGUAGCUCUCUCCUGCCGGUGUCAUUGCUGCAGCCUCCAGAGCCCGGCGCCUGGGUCCUCAGCCGCCUCUCUUCCCGGUGCAAAAUCGCCUGCAAAGACAGCAAAGCCGCCGCAGAAGUUGCCGGGCGUCAGACUCCGGAGGCAUUGGCUCGAUAACUUUUCACGUCAUUUUCUGCUCGGGAGCCCCUGCUCGCCUCUCCGCGCUGCCUUUCCCACGCGCAUCCCCAGUGCUCAUGGGGCAGGGGACGAGCAGCCUGCAGCACUGAGCCGAACCGGACUCGAGCCCGUGAUGUCCGGCACCAAAUUGGAGGACUCCCCCCCUUGUCGCAACUGGUCAUCUGCUUCGGAGCUGAAUGAAACUCAAGAGCCCUUUUUAAACCCCACCGACUAUGACGACGAGGAAUUCCUGCGGUACCUGUGGAGGGAAUACCUCCACCCGAAAGAAUAUGAGUGGGUCCUGAUCGCCGGGUACAUCAUCGUGUUCGUGGUGGCCCUCAUUGGGAACGUCCUGGUUUGUGUGGCAGUGUGGAAAAACCACCACAUGAGGACGGUAACCAACUACUUCAUAGUCAACCUUUCUCUGGCUGAUGUGCUCGUGACCAUCACCUGCCUUCCAGCCACGCUUGUUGUGGACAUCACUGAGACCUGGUUCUUUGGACAGUCCCUGUGUAAAGUGAUUCCUUAUUUACAGACUGUGUCAGUGUCCGUGUCUGUCCUCACACUGAGCUGCAUUGCCUUGGAUCGAUGGUACGCGAUCUGUCACCCUUUGAUGUUUAAGAGCACAGCCAAGCGGGCCCGGAAUAGCAUUGUCAUCAUCUGGAUUGUCUCCUGCAUUAUAAUGAUUCCUCAGGCUAUUGUCAUGGAGUGCAGCACCAUGCUCCCCGGCUUAGCCAAUAAAACCACUCUCUUUACAGUGUGUGAUGAGCGCUGGGGUGGUGAAAUUUACCCCAAGAUGUAUCACAUCUGUUUCUUUCUGGUGACAUACAUGGCACCACUGUGUCUUAUGAUAUUGGCCUAUCUGCAAAUAUUUCGUAAACUCUGGUGCCGACAGAUCCCUGGAACAUCAUCUGUGGUUCAGAGAAAAUGGAAGGCCUUGCAGCCUGUUUCACAGCCUCGAGGGCCAGGACAGCAGACCAAGUCCAGGAUUAGCGCUGUGGCCGCUGAGAUAAAGCAGAUCCGGGCCAGACGGAAAACAGCCCGGAUGCUGAUGGUUGUGCUUUUGGUGUUUGCAAUUUGCUAUCUACCAAUUAGCAUCCUCAAUGUGCUAAAGAGAGUAUUUGGGAUGUUUACCCACACCGAAGACAGAGAGACUGUAUAUGCCUGGUUUACAUUUUCACACUGGCUCGUAUAUGCCAAUAGUGCUGCGAACCCAAUUAUUUAUAAUUUUCUGAGUGGAAAAUUUCGAGAGGAGUUUAAAGCUGCAUUUUCUUGCUGUUGCCUUGGAGUUCACCAUGGCCAGGAGGAUCGGCUCACCAGGGGACGGACGAGCACAGAGAGCCGGAAGUCUCUGACCACCCAGAUCAGCAACUUUGAUAACAUAUCAAAACUCUCAGAGCAAGUUGUGCUCACCAGCAUCAGCACACUCCCAGCAGCCAAUGGAGCGGGGCCGCUUCAAAACUGGUAGAAUGUUCAUUCACAUGACAGGGAAACCUGAGUAAAACUAAUCUUUUUUUAAAUCUCUGUACACAGAAAUUUUAUUAUCCUAAUGAUCUGAAGCUAAAAUUACUUUGUGGACCCCCUUUCUUUUUUUUUAAAGAAAAUCUAUUGCUCUUUGGAAAUAAAAAAAGUCAGUUUGAAAUAAUUUCUCAACUUUUGAUUUCAACAUGUCAGAAGUUAAACCUUCAACUGAAUUUAUUUCAGGCUAUUUCACAUUUAGUUUUGUGUAUUAUGAUUUGUCAAUUAAAUAUUUGAAUAUUUCUAAUUC